AUAAUAAUAAUAGGAGAAAUGUAAAAGAGGCUUAGGUGCUCAUUCCCAAGAUGCAUCACACUGUAAAUAGGGUAGGAAUUACCAUAAUAAAUUAGUGAGUGAAACGGGACAACAAAAGAAGAAUUGAAUUUGGUGGAAUGAGAUGGAGCUCAGGACGCAACCUACUGCUUCGACCUAUCCCUCCCACGUUGUUAUAUCUACUUCAUAUACAUGUCAUAUACCAUAAGUAGCUAUAGCCCAGAUAACAACAUGUAAAUGUUAUUUGUCAAAUAUUUGUCAACGUUUUUAAAAAUGAAACAAUAUUGUAUAACACAAUUAAUUAUCCAUAAGCUUAUCAAUAGUCCGCAAUACUUUUGUAUAUUUUAUACCAAAUCGUUUGGGAUACUACCGUAUAAUAUGUGGUUUCCGCAUGAUAAUGAUUCGAAUUUUAAGUUUUCUAUACUUUAUUCUUCCAGGUGAGACCCGCGCGCUCACGGAUGGAGCGAGGUAACGGGACUUCUGGAGCGGGUGGCGGUGCCGCGCACGUCUCGCCCUACUGCGGUGAUCUGCUGGUCGACUUGCACGACGUUUACGUCCACUACCACGGUUAUGCCAGCCUGCUGGUAUGCGCGUUCGGUUCGGUUGCCAACGUGCUAAACAUCGCCGUGCUGACACGCAAGGAAAUGGUCUCGCCCACCAACGCCAUACUCACCGGGCUGGCCGUGGCCGACCUAUUGGUCAUGGUCGAGUACGUGCCGUUCGCCUACCAUAUGUACCUCCGGCCAGCCAACUAUCCACGCGCCGACCGCUUCUCCUACAACUGGUCUCUGUUCGUAUUACUCCAUUCGGACUUUUCGCAAGCAUUCCACACCAUAUCCAUAUGGCUGACGGUCACCCUGGCCGUGUGGAGGUACGUUGCCGUGGUUCAUCCUCAGAUCAACCGGAUAUGGUGCCGGAUGGAGACCACUCUGUCGGCGAUCGCUUUGGGCUACCUGGUGUGCCCGAUCAUCUGCAUACCCAGCUACCUAUCGUUCAACCUGUUCUCUCGAGUGGAGACGUUGGACGCGAACGGUAACCGUCCAGCGUCGGCGCUGCAGUCAGCGUUGCGGCGGGCCAAUAACGGCACCGAUGUCCACACCGGUCACGGUACUGGCGGAGGAGGCUUUAGCAUAGGCACCAGUGGAGGCGGUGGUGAAGUCGGUGGAGUUGGUAAGGACAGCGGCGGGCCUCUGCGCAACGUCACUCUAUACUACGUCAACGUCAGUGACCUGGCCACGUCCACGUAUCUGGCUGACAUCAAUUUCUGGGUGUACAGCGUCGUCAUCAAGAUCAUACCGUGCGUGGCACUCACCGUUCUCAGUCUGCGACUGAUAUGCGCGCUGCUGGAGGCCAAACGUCGCCGUGCCAAGCUGACGGGCAGUGGCCGCAAGUCGGCCGACAAGGAGCGGCAAACGGACCGGACCACCCGGAUGUUGCUGGCCGUGCUCUUAUUGUUCCUGAUCACCGAGUUCCCGCAGGGCAUACUAGGCCUGCUCACGCUGCUGCUCGGCAAGCGGUUCUUCCAGGACUGCUACCAGAACAUGGGCGAGGUUAUGGACAUGCUGGCGCUGGUCAACUCAGCCAUCAAUUUUAUACUGUACUGCGUGAUGAGUCGGCAGUUCCGUAACACGUUCAGCCUGCUUUUCCUGCCGUCCUGGAUCUCCAAGGCCGAGUCACAGGCUCUGUCACACGGUAACCCAACCACCACCCAAGUCACGCAAGUCUAAGGCGACGGCUUCGACGCUGUUGUUGCGACGUCGCCUCCCGUUAACCCGUCGUCGUUGUCAUAGUGUAUACGCGCCACCCACCUCACAACACCCACCUCCCAUCGACUGCCAACUCCGACGGCGGUAACAACAAUGAUACUAUUAUAACGUAUAUAGGCGGUGAUUCACCAAGGAUGCUCACUCCCCAUUUUCACAUUAAUAAUGUAAAUUGUUUAAUUUGUUCAAAACCUGCAGAUUUCUGACAUUUUCAGGUACUUUUUAGUUAUUUUUAUGCUGAAUUACUCAGGUUUCUUAUAAUAUUUUAUGAGAAGUUCCUGUGACGAUGCUAACUUUUGCUUUUCAAAUGAGAACCACCCUUUUUACUGUAAACUAUUUAACAGAUGAUUUUUAGCUUUUGGGAUUUUCAAUGUAUCUAAACACUAAAAUUGUGCCGAAAAUAGUUUAAAAAAAACUAAGUAUUUGAAAAUAUGACCUUUAAGUAAUCACGAAAAUUGCAAAAAUCAGAACUUGAAUAAAUACAUUAUUAAAGUAAAAGAGAGAGUGAUCUUGCUCAGUGGAUCACCCUAUUUAUAAACAUUAUCUCGUUACGUUUUAGCCGUCUUUAAGACUCAGAAUUCAAAUACAUAAAUGUUAAUAAUAAUUACCAAGCGACCACACAGGGUUAUUGUUUUUAAUCUACACGCUGUUUCUAGCACUAAACAAUUUCACUGUCCAUGUUUGGAGCCUAUUUCACUAUCCCGUUGGCCCCAAGCUUCGUAUUCGUACCGAAUUUCGUUUAAAUUCCUUUACACUUAUUCAAGUAUUAUUCGCUUUCGAACAGUGUUUAAAUAAUAAUUUAGUGGCGCAACAAGUAUGGUCCAUAUUUAUCUACAUAAAUAGGCAAUUCUAGUCCACAGGAUACAACUAAUAUAUGGAUCAGCAUUAUUUUCAUUAGAUUAUCAAAAAAAAAAAAUAAUAAUAUAAUAACGUCUGCCUUUGAUUUGAUCACCUA